AUGAAGUUAGGUUUUCGUUCGCGUUUUCGCAUGCAGUCAUGCAAGAUAAUCGCUCUCACCUCUCUGGUGUGGCUCGUCUUCGACGUAUUCCUCUUAAUGUACUACAUGACUGAUUGCUCCGAUGGUCAAGGGUGGGGUUGUUCAGGUCGUGAAUCAAAAAGUGCUCCUUUGCUUGAUUCUCACGAGCCGGCUUUCCACCCUCGUGAUGUCCACAAACCAGUCAAGAAAAAGUCCACGUCAGAACUUGAAGCACUUUACGAAAAAUUGAAACACACACUGGAUUACCCCUUGGAGAAGUUGCAUCGUUGGACAGAGCCUUUGCCUGUUCCGACUGAUGAUUCGAAACCUGGGGAAGGUGGAAAAGCUGUGCAGAUUCCUCCUGACUUGGAAGCCGAAGCUAAGCGGAAAUUUCAAGAGAAUCAGUUUAAUGUGCUUGCCAGUGAUCUGAUUUCGCUCAACAGGUCACUGGCUGAUGUGCGGUUGACGAGUUGCGCAAGCAAAAAAUAUUCCCCUUUGCUGCCUUCAACUUCAGUCGUGAUAGUGUUUCACAACGAAGCGUGGACAACGUUGCUUCGCACCAUUUGGAGCGUCAUUAAUCGUUCGCCACGUGCCUUGCUCAAAGAAAUCAUCCUCGUGGACGACGCUAGUGAAAAAGACCACCUGGGCUCUCUGCUGGAAGAAUACGUGGCGAAUUUGCCGGUGCCUGUUCAGGUUCUUCGCACGGGAACGAGAUCCGGGUUGAUCAGAGCCCGGCUUUUGGGUGCUAAGCACGUUCGCGGAGAAGUGAUAACUUUUCUGGAUGCCCAUUGUGAGUGUGCGGAUGGUUGGUUGGAGCCUUUGUUGGAUGAAGUGGCGAGGGAUCGGAAGACGGUGGUGUGUCCGAUUAUUGACGUCAUCAGUGACAACACCUUUGAGUAUGUCACCGCGUCGGAUAUGACGUGGGGCGGUUUCAAUUGGAAGAUGAAUUUCCGUUGGUACCGCGUUCCCAACAGAGAAAUGGACAGACGCGGUGGCGACAGGAGUGCACCUUUGCGUACGCCAACCAUGGCCGGAGGCUUGUUCUCCAUCGACAGGGAAUACUUUUACGAAGUCGGCACCUACGACGAAGGCAUGGAAGUGUGGGGAGGCGAGAACUUGGAGAUGUCCUUUCGGAUCUGGAUGUGCGGCGGGAAGCUGGAGAUCAUCACGUGUUCCCACGUGGGCCACGUUUUCCGGGACAAGAGCCCCUACACGUUUCCCGGCGGCGUGAGCAACACUAUAUUUAAAAACUCGGCCCGGGUCGCCGAAGUCUGGAUGGACGAGUGGAAGGAGUUCUUUUACGAGAUGAACCCGGCUGCGAAACGUGUCAACAUUGGGGAUAUCUCUGCGAGGCGGGAGCUGAGGGACCGAUUGGGUUGCAAAAGUUUCAGAUGGUAUUUGGAGAAUGUCUAUCCGGAGUCCCAGUUGCCCCUGGACUACUUCUACCUUGGCGACAUCCGCAACGCCCUCAACAACAAGUGCCUGGACACGAUGGGUCGCAAGGGCGGCGAGAACCUGGGCCUGCAAUACUGCCACAGCAUGGGCGGCAACCAGCUGUUUGCCUACACCAAGCGGAACCAAAUCAUGUCUGACGACAAUUGCCUGGACGCCAGCUCCGUCUCUAGUCCCGUGAAGUUGGUCCGGUGUCACGGACUGGGCGGCAAUCAAAUGUGGGUCUAUGACGACACGACUCAGGCCAUACGACACGUCAACUCGGGUCGGUGUUUGUCCGCACCCGAUGCGCGGGACCCGACGUUGCCGACGCUCAAGCAGUGCGACGGGUCGCCGGCGCAACAGUGGCUCAUGAAGUUUGAUUUCAAGUGGCAAGCGAACCAAAAGUGA